AUGCUAACCGGAUCAUCUGAAACAGUCAAACAAUCCACAGCCACCACCAGGUCAGACUUAGCUGCGAGAAACCCUAUCCCUGCCAUGAAAACGGGUCCGAACAAAAAACCAUCGAAGUUGUACGAGCGGCAGAGCAAUCUGAAGAACUUCAAAAUCAAUCGGUUGGCUCCUGGAUUUACAAACGGCGGAGGGUUCUCCGGAUCCCCACGGAAUCCCAACGCGCCGGAGAUUAUGUCCCCAAUUCUUCUUGAUUUUCCGUGGUUGGUGCUUAGUCCAAUCACACCUCUUCUUUCUGAUCCAUUUAAUAGGUCUCCGACGAAUGAUUGUUCCCUAAAUUUGGAUGUUGAGGCUGAAGAAAAGGCAAUUGCAGAGAAAGGAUUUUACUUACAUCCGUUGCCGGCGACUACUCUGAGGAUGGAGGGUUAUAUGUUUCGAUCGAUCGAGAGAGAGAGAGAUUAA